CAGUUUCAUUAUCUACAAUCCACUAUAAAUACUUCCGCCUACAACUCUCAAAUUUUCUCACAUCCAACUUUAACCUUCUCGCCCUCGUCCUCCUUCACUAUUUACAGUUGUGCCACUCUGGUUAUGUUAGCUUCCUGUGACCGGCGCCAAUACAAGAACCUCCCUCCACUCCUGGCUUCAUCAGAUUCCGGCGAGAAAGAUUUGAAAAGCCGCUGAUUUUUCAAGCAUGCCGGUAAACUCGAAGAACGCUAACCGGAAAGGAACCACCGGAGAAACCGAGAAGAAUCGUCGAGGAAAGUUACAGGAGAAAGCGAUGUCAUUUCACGGCAGAGGAACGGUGCCUCAUUCGAAUCCAGGAGAGCUUCGACGACCGAAGACGUUACCGGAACUAUUCUCCAGCGGUCGAACCGUCGUUGAACCGGUGUCUUCUAAACCGCCGCGUCUGACGAAACUGCUUCUCAACGUGACUGUUCAAGGGAGUUUGGGAGCUCUGCAGAUUAUAAUUUCGCCGGAAUCCACCGUGGACGAUUUGAUCGACGCCGCGAUUCGUCUUUAUGUGAAGGAAGCUCGCCGACCGUUCUUACCGGAAUCUGAACCGUCCCGGUUUGAUCUCCAUUACUCGCAGUUUAGCCUCGAAAGUAUAGGAAGAGAACAGAAGCUGAUCUCGCUUGGGUCUAGGAACUUCUUCUUGUGCGGUCGGAAAGAGAACGGAGGAUUGGUCGGAAGUGGAUCGUCGGAAUCUUGUUCGAAGGAAGCAGAGAAAGUGGCGGCGAAAACUGGUUUUCACUGGCUCAAAUUCAUGGGUUUGUAGAAGUUUUUACCAUUUCUAAAUUUAAUUCAAACUUUUUUUUUUCUUUCUUAUUUUAGGAAAUAAAUAUUGAUUUUAGGAAACUUCGUGUUGCCUCCCUAGAAAGGGCCACAAGAUAGGGGAUUGUUUGCAUUCUAGUAUGAGUCAAACGUUUAAAAUCUGUGUAUAUAUAGUAUCCUAUAUAGAAGAAAUAAAGUCAUUAUUAACUAAGUGGGAUAUAAUGUAUUUUUAAUCAAAUUAUAUGCCAAUAAUUGUACCUGGUUUUUUGUUUA